UCGUAUAAAGAUCAUUACCUCAUUCAAGCAAUAAAAUGGACCAAAAUUACGUGAUGUCUUCCAUUUGCUAUUUGCUAUACCGUUUCAAAUCCUUAAGUAUCCUGAACAAAGAGCUUUAUCGUUUAUUGAAAUAGGGAUCCUAAGGACGUCCCUAGAGAAUUCAGAAUUCACGUUUCUGGUCACUAGCACAAGAGUGUUUUCUAUUGUUAGCAACGGCUUGUAAACAUGUCGUUAGUCACAAAUGAAUUAAAAGUUUGCUGCAGAAGCAUCGGCAAUGAUGUCGGCUCGUUUACCCAACAAAAAAGAACCAUAACUGCUUCUAAUUGGUUCGUUAAUUAACUCCGACUUCAAUUUACGACACUUUAACUUUACUUCUUGUGUUAUUGGACUGUUGAAGACGAAUUUUUUAAAAAUCAUCUGGCAAAAGUUAAGAAAGCAUGGAACAAAGCCUUUUAACCCUUGUUUUAAAUUCUGGAGUAGCCAGUGAACGAAGAGAGGCUUGCGAGUUCCUGGAUCUAAAAACUCGAGUCGAACAAGAGAAGUUUCGACAACUGAGUGCCGAUCUUGAACGAAGAAGAAUCCGUAAGUACAAUUCACACUUAGAAGAACAAAGAAAAGUUGAAAAAGAACUUGUUGGACUCCAAAAGGACCGACUUCGGUUUGAGAGAGAGAAGCAACUGAGAAAGAGGAAGAAUUUUUCCUCGCGAGGCAGAAAGCAGUGUGCAAAAUCUUCGUUGAAGGAUGAAAAAAUUACUCUUCCUAUGAACGAAGAUGCACUUGGAGGAUCAGCAUCCAUAGCAUUUGACCCUAAAGUUGAGAAAUAUUCACGAAGAAGACGAAGAAGGAAAGCCAAGACUGAGACCUUUAUUACCAAUUCAAGGAAGGCUGAAAAAGAUACCACAGAUGAUGUUAUUAAUUUUCCCUAUCUGAGCGAAGGAGAAGUAAAAAAAUUCCACAAAAGCUGUAAGUCCGCUACAAGAAGUACGGAAUGUCGUAGAUGGGGUGCCGCAUGGUUGUACGCCAAAAAGGAACAAGAAACAGCAAUGAACAGAAGUGAAAGAUGGACGUCGCUGUUGCUGAAUGCAGAGAAGGAAAAGAUGCGGGUUUUGUGCGAAAAAAUGAUAACUUCGAAGGAGAGAAAGCCCGCCUCGAGGAUUGCUCUGGAAUGUUGGAAUAAGCCUGGUCAAGAACCAAAUUUGAAAAAAACUUUAUUUGCCAGUAAAUUGAAUUAUCUUCGUAACCCAGAGACGUCAAAAAAGCCGAGAGAAGUAGAGUAUACGAAAAACGUGACGGAAGACAAAGAAGAUGUCGUUUUGAGUGAAAGUUUGGAAGAAAAUGAUGAAAACAAGAAAGAAAAAUGUCUCAAAUCAGCCGCAAAAGCACAAUCAGGAAGCUUCUCAGCCACCAAACAACAAGGUGAAAAUGGCGGUCAAGGGUAUCCAUACCGUAAAGUUAAGGGGGAAAGGGAUCUAUCUUUCGUUUCCCCGUUCUCCAAAGGGAUUACCCUAACAAAGCAGUUGGCACGUUUCUCCGCCAAGUCUUCCAAAAAGGAAAACACGAAUGAAACAAAUCAUGAUACUCUACUUCAAGAUGUUACUUCAGAGGAUAUAAAAAGAAAAAAUAAUACAGGGACUGUUUGUUUCUUGCCUGAGCUUUGAGCUUUUUUUCUAAAUCUUAGAGCCACCAAAAUAGUAAGAAAAUCUAUUGAGAAUUUUGAAACAAAAGAGAGCAUCGAUCUGGUCAGUAUUGGUUAGCAUGACGAGGUUCUUAACCUGGUCGUAUAUCAGUGGUAUCCCAGUAACGGUGCUGUAACCUAAUAGCGGUGCUGUAACUCGUUUUGACUUCAUCACAGGUUGACAUACCUUGACAUCUUGAAAUGACAUUUCAAAGGUAACCAAAUAACCGUGUUUGUAACCUGGAAACAGUACAUCAGUAACUCGUUUUGACAUCAUCACAGGUUGGCAUGUGUGACGACAGAGAAUUUUAGCCGAGUUAAUGAUUAGCUCAACCGUUCAAUAUUUAAUUCAAUUUAGUCAAUAAGUCAAAUUCAAGCCCAGUUGGUCAUAAUAGCAGGAUAAAAGUUAUAGUAACUUUAGGAAGUCUUUUCUUACU